AUGGUCUGUGCAUCGGAAGGUGGUCAUUUGGCCAUCAUAAACAGUUAUGUCGAAGCUCAAAUUCUAAAGGAGUUGUUUGCUAAGUAUCCCGAACAUGAAAUUAGUGCGAGACACAAGAACCUUGCUCAUGUUGGAUUCUACGACUGGGGUGAACGUGGGGUGUGGAGUACAAUUCAUGGUCAAAGUCUCAGAGAAGCGGGAUAUGAAUCGUGGGCUAAAGGGCAGCCAGAUAAUGCAACCGACGGAGAAUAUUGCGGGGGCAUGUUCAGGGAUGCGUUAUUGGAUGAUAUUUGGUGUUAUCAUACUGCACCGUUCAUCUGUGAGAAGAAACCCGAGAGUCUUUUCCACUACAAUUAUGAUAAUAACUAA